UCAGUUUCUGUUGAGUGAUAUUUGCAAGACGUCACAUGUAUAAGCGUGUUUUUUCGAUUUGUUGUGUACAAACAAACACUUAAAACAGUUCGUUAUUUCAUCGUAAGAACAAUUAUUGAUUGGUUGAACUUGUUCGUUACAUAGUCUAACCAUGCCGGAUCAAAUCCAGUAUUCGGAAAAAUAUUACGAUGACGUAUAUGAGUAUCGUCACGUAAUCCUUCCGCCAGAAUUGGCCCGUAACGUACCAAAGUCGCACCUCAUGACUGAAACGGAGUGGCGUAACCUGGGCGUCCAGCAAUCUCCGGGUUGGGUGAUGUACAUGAUGCAUAAUCCCGAACCACAUAUAUUACUUUUCCGACGACCGAGAACGGAUGUACCAAAAAAGCCGGGCAACAGUGGCAGCAGCUCGGGCACCACCGGACAAGGAUCCUCAAAAUUGACUGUAUAAAUAAUGCUCUCUAACAUAAUCAACUUAUGCCUUAGUCAUAUUUCUCAUUAUCAUUAAAUUCAUUUCUUUCCAAGAAACGAGAUGUUAACUUUUUGUAUGUUGAUUUAUUACAAAUGUCGAUACAUUAAAUGGUUUUUAUUAUAA